AUGUUGUCGGCCUACUCGUCCUCCUCCGAGCCGCCAGGCUGGGCGGAGGAGCCGUGGGGCCUGGCCAACGUCACCGCCUACAAUGGCACCGCCCCCGGGACUGCCCCCGGGACCGCCUCCGGGACCGCCCCCGGGCCCGGCCUCAGCGACACUCUGCUGGCCACCGUGGCCGCCGCCGCCUCUGGCCUCGUGUCCGGCCUCGCCGACGGCCUGGCCGAGCCCAAGCCCGCGGCCCAGGACGCCUCGGCCGCCGCCCUCGCGCACAACGCCACCCUCGCUGGCCUCGGCGGCAACCAGACGGCCCCCGCACUGCCCGCCUUCUGCGAGGGCUGGGAGGCCAUCCAGAACAACCUGUUCCAGGUGUCCAACCUCUUCUUCUGCAUCGCCUUCCUCGUGCCUCGCACCUUCAAGCAGAGCGUGCUGCUGUACAGGUUCCUGCUGGUGAUCGGCUUCAUGCUGGCGGCCGGCUGGGCGAGCUUCCACCUGUGCGCCUUCGACGUGUUCCUCUGGAGCCUGGCGCUGAUGGCCAUCAACGGCGUGCACACCGCCUUCCUGGUGGUGCGCUUUCUGCCGCCCGCGCUGUCGCCCGACCUCACCGAGCUCUACCUCAAGGUGUUCAAGCCGCUCAAGGUGUCCAAGAAGGCCUUCAAGGAGCUGGCCAGGGAGGGCUCGGUGCUCACGCUGGAGGCGGGCGACGCGUACGCCGUGGAGGAGCAGACGCCGGCCGACGAGCGGCUGUCCAUCUUGCUCAAGGGGAAGCUGGCCGUCUCCUGUGACGGCACCCACCUGCACCACAUCAACACCCACCAGUUCGUCGACUCGCCCGAGUGGGAGGCCAACCACGACUCCAGUGAGAACACCUUCCAGGUGACCAUCUCGGCAGAGGAGGAGUGCCUGUACCUGUGCUGGCCGCGCAUGAAGCUGUCCAGGGUGCUGCGCCACCGGCCACAAGUCCGCAUCGUGCUCGACACCCUCAUCGGCAAAGACAUCACCCACAAGCUGUACUCCCUCAACGAGCAGAUGCACGGCGCCGGGGAGCGCGCCAAGGCCGUGCGGUCGGACCACUGGCGGCGCAGCAUGGCGCGUUCCGUGAGCGUGGACGCCGUCAACACGGGCACGCGCGGCAACGUGCGCUCCACGGCCUUCAAGGCCGCGCGCAAGGAGCGCGCCAGCAGCGCCGCCGCCCUCGGCGAGGACGUCCAGAACGUGCUGCAGUCUCCGGUGCGCCACGGCAGCGCGCAGUGCUGGAUCCCCCUGGUCGCCAACCACUUCCCCGUGACGUCCCCCUUCACGGACGCCCAGGGCAUGCCGCAGCCCUUGACGGCGGCGGUGGCCAACGCCCCCUUGGGGGUGCCGCUGGGUUCGCUGCCGCCAGGCGUGCCCGUCUCCGGCGUGCCCACCAUGAACGUGUCGGGCGUGAGCGUGUCCGGCGUGGGCGGCGUGCCCGUCAGCAUGCCCGGGCUGCAGCUGCCGCAGCUGCCCUCCAGCAUGGCGCUGGUCCCCGUGCCCGUCAUCGUGCCCGUGCUGGCGCCGCCGCCCACGCUGCACCAGGCGCGCAACCGCACCAUGCGGCGAGCGGGCGCCGGCGCCGGCGUGGCGGGCGUGGCUGGCGUCGCGCCCAGCGGCGCCGUCAAGUUUGAGGCGACGCCCGUGUGA